AUGCAGCGGCACCUGGUCGGCUUCGACGCCGCGCUGCGGGCGGGGCAGCUGGACGGCGGGCUGGCGGUGCUGCGCGAGGCGGCGGCGGCGGCGGCCGGCGCGCCCGUGCCGCUGCUGGGCCCCGACCGCAACCGCGCCUUCAUCCAGGCCUGCUUCCACCGCGGCCGCCCCGAGAAGACCAUCGAGUACCUGCAGCUGCUGCACCCAGAGGUGGCACCCUGGAUUUCGGUCAUGAAGGAAGCCAACAAGAGGCGGGACCUGGUGACCAUGAGGCGGGUGCUUGCCGCACGCCAGGCAGCAGGUCUGGCGCUAGACCAACGCUCCUCCACGGCAGCCAUUGCGGGGCUGGGCGCCGGGGGGCGGCUGGCAGACGCGCUGGACGUCUUCUGCCGGGCCUGGGAGCAGUACGAGUGCAGGACGGUGGAGGUGGCCAACGCCGCCAUCUCCGCCUGCGCCAACCAAGGCAACUGGGAGGCGGCGCAGGAGGUGGUAUCCAUCAUGGAGCGGGAGGGUAUCCAGCGGGACGUCAUCACCUACAACUCCCUCAUCAAGGCCGCCGCCGCCGCGGGGCUGCUGCCGCACGCGGUACGCACGUACCGCGAGCUGGCCGCCGCCGGCCUGCGCCCCACCACCUUCACCUACGCAGCGCUCUUCACCGCCGCCGCCAAGGCGCGGCACGGCGAUGCCGCCUGGCUGCUGCGCACGUGGGACGAGAUGGAGGCUGCUGGGGUCGCCCCCAACAACUAUGUUGUGUCGGCCCUCUUCUCGGCAGCCUCCCACGCCCCCUGCACCCCCGCCCAGCUCGACCGCCUGUUUGCCGCGCUGGCGCUGCUGCGCAGCUUUGGGCCUCCCAACGAUACGGUGUACACCUCGCUGCUGACGCUCAUCCAGCGGCAGGCCAUCCAGGAGCGGGCGGUGGAUGUGUGGACAGCGGUGAAGCAGGACGGUGUGCGGCAGACGCCCCACCUCUACUCCUCCCUCUUUGCGGCCUGCGCGCCGGGCGCCUCGCCUGCGCUGGUAGAGGUGGCGCUGGAGGCUGCGGACGCGAUGCAGGACUCUUGGCAGGAGUGUGUGGCCAGGUCCCAGCCGCGGCCGCACUACGAGCGCGACAUGUUGGUUGCCUACAACGCCCUGCUGCACCUGCUGGGCUCCAUCGGCCAGCUGCAGCGGUCGCUGGGGGUGUACCGCGGCAUGCGCCGCCGCGGACCCGCCCCGGACGUCGUCACCUACAACACCCUCAUCGCCGCUGCCGCGCACGGCGGCAACGUGCAGGCCGCCAUGCGCACCUUCUCGGACAUGGUGGACGCGGACAUCGAGCCCACCGAGCGCACCGCGGGCGCGCUGCUGCACUGCUACGCCAAGGCUCGGGAUGCGGCCAGCGCGCGGCGCGUGUUUGAGGGCAUGGCGCAGCUGGGCGUGCGCCCCAACCUGGAGAUCUACACCAGCCUCAUCGACGCCUGCGUGCAGGCGGGUGGCAAGCAGUGGACGCAGUUUGCUUUCCAGCUGGUUGAGGAGAUGCGGCGGGAGGGGCUGGCCCCCAGCGCUGUCACCUACGGCUGCCUGCUAGCGGCCUGCGAGAAGGCCGGGGACGUCACCCGCGCCUUCGCCCUCUACAAACAGGCCUGCGACGAGGGCGUGGCCCCCAGCGACCAGAUGCACGACAUGCUGAUCAGCAUGUGCACAGAGGCGGAGCGGCUGGAGGAGGCCGUGGACCUGGUCAAGCGCCUGGCCCGCUCCUCCCCUGGCGCCCAGCCCGUCGGCGGCGGCGGCGGCGGCGGCAGGAGCGUGGACGGCGGCGCCACCACCAGCGGCGGCCUGCACGAGCACACGCUCAACUCGCUCAUCCGCGCGCUGUGCGGCAAGUACGUGGACCGAGCGCUGCGCCUGCUGAGCCUGUGCCAGACGAUGGGCAUGCGGCCCAGCAGGCGUACCUACCUCUCACUCAUCACCGGCUGCGCCAAGGCCUCCCGCAGCGCCGCAUCGUACGACCUGUACCGCUCACUGCGGGCUCAGGGCAUGGAGGCAGACGCCGCCUCCGGUUCAGCCCUCAUCACCUCCCUCUGUCAUGCCAACCAGCUGGAGGUGGCGGAGACGGUGUACAAUGACAUGCUGGCGUGCGCCUGGCGGCGGGAGCUGCACACACUUCCGGCGCCCGCGGCGCGCCGCGGUGGGCUGUCCAACCACGGCCGCACGCCCGACGGCGAGGCGCUGGCGGCGCUUGUGCAGGCCUUUGCCGCCGCAGGCGACCUGCGCAGCGCCGCCAAGUACUACAAGCAGCUGCGGCGGGUGGGCAAGGCCGGGCUGGCGGCGGUGGCGGUGUCGCACCGCCGCAUGUGGGAGGUGCUGAUCGAGAACUACUGCCGGCAGCACAGGGUCAAGGCGGCGCUGCAGGUGUUUGAUGACUGGAAGGUUGCCCGGGACGACUGGCUGGCCGCCCAGCAGCAGCACCAGCCCAACAACGACCGCGCAGCAGCGGCGGCGGCGGCGCCGAGCGCCGCCCUCGGCCGCGGCGCCAAGCCCGCCAGCGGCGCCGCUGCCAGUGGCAGCGGCAGCGGCACGGAGGCGGCGGCGGCGCUGCCGGCGCCGGCCCCCGCGGCGGCGCGUUACCCCAAGCUGUCGAACGUCAGCCUGGCCUUCCUGGAGGCCUGCUGCCGCAGCGAGCCCGACUGCGAGUGGCGGGUGUACGACGUGUGCGCCGUGAUGCGGCAGCAGAAGGAGCUCAAGCGGCAGGCGGGGCUGGCGCGGCCGCAGAAGCAGAGCCACCACUUUGCUCCGGCGUGA